AUGGUCAGACUAUCAGGCCAGGAAGAUUUUCCUAACGAAAAACCCCAUGAUCCAACAAACCAGUCUUCUGCCUCUCUCCCACCCAUCGAUCACGGCAAAGAUGCCUGGUUCUUCCUCGCCGCCUGCUUUGUCAUGGAAGCCCUAGUCUGGGGGUUCGCCUUCACCUACGGUGUCUUCCAAGACUACUACAGCACACUCCCCAUGUUCCAAAACUCCAACAACAUCGCCAUCAUCGGUACAUGCGCAAUGGGAAUAAUGUACCUCGACCUCCCCAUAAUCUUCACCCUCUACCGCACCUACCCUCACUACCAACGUUUGGGCUGCGCCCUCGGCGUCCUAACCAUGUGUCUCUCACUGGGCCUCUCCUCCCUCUCCACAACCACCACCCACCUGAUCAUCUCCCAAGGCAUCUUCUAUGCCAUCGGCGGAAGCAUCGCCUACUCGCCCUGCAUCCUCCUAAUGGAAGACUGGUUCGACCAACGCCGAGGCUUCGCCUUCGGCGUCAUGUGGGCCGGCACCGGUCUAGGCGGCGCGAUCCUCCCCAUCGUCAUGGAGACGCUCCUCGAUCGAUACGGAUUCCGGAUAGCGUUGCGCGGGUUCGCAGUCGUGCUCUUCGUGCUGACAGCCCCGUUAGUCUGGUUCGUUAAGCCUAGAGUGCCGCCUGCAUUGCGGAAUAGUACCGACCCAGCACAACAGCAACAACAAUCACCACGACCACGACUCACGGAGAUCCGAUUCCUCUGGACCUCAGGAACAUUCCUCCUCUUCGAGCUAUUCAACAUGAUCGAAGCCGUGGGGUACUUCCUCCCGUCUAUCUACCUACCUUCAUAUGCAAGAGCCAUCGGCGUCUCGUCUGGCAGUUUGGAAGCUCUCACGGUGAUAUUAUUUAACGUUGCGUCCGUGGUAGGGUGCGUAGUCAUGGGGGCUAUUAUCGACCGGUGGGAUGUGACGACCUGCAUUCUAGUCUCGACUGUGGGAUCGACCGUGGGUGUGUUUCUGAUCUGGGGGUUUAGUGUUUCGAUUGGUCCGUUGUUUGUCUUUGCUAUCGUGUAUGGGCUUUUUGCAGGCUCGUAUACGAGUACUUGGCCGGGCAUUAUGAGGGAGGUGGUCAGGAAGGAUGGUGCCGCUGAGUCGAGUAUGGUGUUCGCUUGUUUGGCGGCUGGUAGGGGUGUUGGGAAUAUUGUCUCCGGACCGUUGAGUGAGGCGUUGUUGGAGGGGAUGCCCUGGGCUGGGGAGUUGGGGUUCGGGUUUGGGUCUGGGUAUGGUAGUUUGAUUGUUUUUACGGGCGUGACGGGGUUGGUCGGGGGUGGGAGUUGGGUUGUUAGGAGGGUGGGGUGGUUGUGA